AUGACCGUCAUCUUCGAGGGCCAGACUGAGUGCACUUUGCCUGUGAAGAACACCUUCAUCCACUUCGAGGAGAAAGGCGCGGGCACUCGGACUCGAGCCUUGCGCUUGCACAAGUCCGAACCGCCUGAGCCUCUCUUCUUCCCAGAGGUGCCGAGCUUCAAAGCAACGCUGCCAGACUUGUCACCCUCCUCGGGCAAGGAGCCCAGGGAACGGAACCGCCAGGUCGGACCGGCCGAGUUCACGGGUUCACGGGCAGAAGACGGGUUCGUGGAACUUGCAGGAGCCGGUGGUUUUGGAGACGAAGCUGACCUUGGAUUUCGAUGCCGGGAGCCCCACGAAGCUGACCGGACCACGACGGGCGGUUUGAGUCCGGGUGGCGAGGCUGACCAUGACAGAAGCAUGCCCACUCCGCCCUUGGCCAAACCACUUCAGACGUCGACGUCCUGGUCCUCGCCGUCACCGAAGCCCAACCAGUUUCGGCCCAUCCCGGUGCCUGCCGUUCCAGUCAAUGGCACACAAGUACUACCACUCGCACAGGGAGGUCAGAUGAGCGGCUCCCUUUCGGUACCCAUCAGCCGACCAGGCCCCUGCGUCAAUGGCACAGUGCCAGGUCUCGCUGGAUCGAUGACGAUUCCAGGAAGUCCAGGCAACAUGGCUGGUUCGAUGAGACUUCCGCUAGCGGAAGAAUUGGCGGGCUCGAUGAGAAUCCCGUCCAGCCCGGGGCGUGCUGCAGGCGCGGUGGAAGCACCUCAUCCAGGCCAUGCACCGCCCUUGUGGGCGGCACCUGCGGCACCUAGAGGUAGUCUGCCUGGCGCUGUGCCACUUGCAGCCACUGCGCCAGGCUAUUUGGCCAACCCUUGCGCUCCCACUAGCCCACCACCAGGCUCAGGACGGCCCAUCUUCGCGCGGAGCGUCACGCCCCCGGCGGCACCGGCCGGCCCCUACCAGGGUGUUUCGCCCCUGCCAGCGAUGCCAGCCUUCCUGAAGAGGCCAGAGUCUCCCAUGAUGAACCACUUGCGGCGCUUGGGAACGAUGAACUCCAGCCCCGAAUACCAGCACUUGCUGAACAUUGUCAUGACGCAAGAGCAGGCAAAGCAGGAACUGCUGGAGCGCUUGGAGGAGACCGAGCGGCAACUGCAGCAGCUCCGUCUGGAGAAUCAGCAGCUCCGGGGAGCGGGUGGCAUGCGUCGCACGGGCUCGACGGCGUCCAAGCUUACCAUGGGCUCGGUCGCCGAGAACAAGGAAGCGCCCGAGAACGCCUCGCGCGCACGGUCCGGCUCGAUGAGGAUGCGCCGGAGCAAUUCCUCGAGGCCACGCUUCACCGAUGCCCUGGUGGUGCCCUUCUCCAACAAGGAAGGGCUACAGGAGAAGUAUGCCGUGGACUGGCAGACCUGUUUGCAUGUUGGCACCCUGAACGGCUUACAGUCUGGUGAAAAUUUGACCAUCAGCCGCUUCUUCAAAGGGAAGUCCAAGAGCAACUCCGCCCAGCGGGUGAUCAAGGCCGUGCGAAAAGCCCAGGUGCCUUUCUUCCGGCUCUUGGAGCAGCACAUCGGCGACCAACGUGCCUUAGAUCAUCCUCACCUCUGCCGCUUGCAUGAUGCCUUUGAGGAUGAGCAGCACGUCUUUCAAGUCUACGAGUUCCUUUCUGGCCCUUCACUGCUGGAGAAGAUCCUCUCCGACGUGCAGUUCUGCGAGCGCGACGCGGCGGCGGCCACCAAAAGCAUUCUCAUGGCCAUCAGCUAUCUCCACAGCCUUUCCAUUGCACAUCAGAACGUGCACCUGGAGAACAUGCGCUUCGCGACGCAACCUCGAAAGAAGGAGUCGGGAAGUUGCUACGGUGAUCAGUUGAAGCUGAUGGAUUUGGGCUUGAGCCUCAACCGGAAGCUGAUCCCCGGCAUCCUCAACGCCGCCUCCCAGCCCGUCACGGAGACCAACGCCACGCUGCCGCUCCUGGCACCUUUGGGCAUCCUGAAUUCCUUAGGCUCCAUGUGCUUGCCGCCCGAGAGCCAGGGCGUGUGUAGCUCCUACGCCCAGUUGGCGACGGCGGCGCCCUGCAUGCUGCGACGGACCGAUUCGAUGGCCAGAUCUCCAUCACCGACGCUGCAGCGGGGGAACUCACAGGAACUAAGCUCCAUUAGCUCCUUGGGCCAAGACUCCUCGGCACAGCGAGCACAGGACUUGCUGCUUUUGCUGCAAGCAGGUGACGUUUGGUCCACUGGCUGUAUCCUGCACAUCCUGCUUUCCGGUCAAAUCCCCAUGGUCGAGGAGGGUGACAAGGGAACCGAGCCCAAGCUGCCGCUCCUGGCCUCCUCGUCUUCACCCGCGGUGGAGAUCUGUGCGCAACUGCUGCACGGGAUGCCCCGGAAGCGGGCCACGGCCGACGCUGGGCGAUUCGUCGGGCGGCAGUCCUCGUCCACCGGGGACGGUGACCAUCCGUCCACGCGUGCUGCACGGGCAACACUUGACGUGUCGGCGGUACAGGGCGACGGUGUGUGGUUCGGGUGGAUGGAGGGCAACAGUGAAUCUCUACAUAGGGCGUUGGGCAAUUACACUUUCAAUAUGAUUGUGUAUCUUGGGUGGCCCUGCGGGCCAUGUUGUGGUUUUAAGUAG